AUGGCAUCUGGGUUUUCAGGUGGCGGCGGCGGCGGUGGAGGUGGCGGUGGUGUCCAGGAUUUCUACACUAAUAGAUCAUCUUUACCCACCAUGAACCUCACAAAUAACCACCACAACCCAUCAUCCCUACCUCCUUAUAGGACCAACCAAGCCUUUCUUGACCAAAGUUUGUCUUCUCAUAAUUAUCAACAGAUCGCUCAACAUAGAGCAAUCUUUCCCUCAAAUAUAACCACAACCACCGCUACCACCACCACACCAAGCCUAAUCGGCAAGCGAACGCUUGCCGAUUUUCAAGCAUUUCAACAAUCACCACCGCAGCAAAACUUGCUUAACCAAGCUGCACUGAACAAUCUUCUUCUCCGGUCUGUAAAGCCGAGGAUGAAUAACAAUAUUUUCCAACAAAACACGUCUCCAAUUUCCACUCUUUCUGCCAUUGAUUUCUCUGUUAACAGCUUGUCUCCAGAGCUUCCUACGUUAAUGUCUCAACGCUACGGUCCGCCUCUUCUUCAACAGCUUCGACCCCAUCAACAACAAAACCACCACCAGCAGUGGCAGCAGCAGCAGCAACCCACGAAUCUUAUUAGUCCUAUUGGUAGCAUCAACAACAAUAACAACAACAGCAUGAUGCCGUAUAUGAAUAUGUUACAGAGCCAAAACGGAGGAGGAAAUGGAAUAGUCAUGGGCCAAGAUCGGGAGAAAAAGAUGUUGAAUCAGCUUCAAGAACUGGAAAAACAGCUUCUAGACGAUGAUGACGACAACCAAGAAGGCGAUGCUGUUAGUGUUAUAACGAACAUUAAAAGUGAAUGGUCUGAAACAAUACAGAAUCUUAAUCUUAUCAGUUCUUCUUCUUGUAACAAUCAUAUUUCACCAUCACCCACUUCAUCAUCUUCGUCCUCGUCUUCAACUGUCACGACUCCGGUUUCGAAACAGACUAUAAUCGAAGCAGCAUCAGCAAUUUACGAAGGUAAAAGUGAUGUCUACCCUGAGAUCUUGACUCGUGUGUCUCAGGUUUCGAACCCACGAGGGAAUUCUGAGCAGAGAUUGAUGGAAUACAUGCUGAUGGCUUUAAAAUCUCGGGUUAAUUCUGCUGAAAACCCAAUUUCUGUAAUGGAGCUGUACAGCAAGGAACAUGUGGAUGCAACCCAGUUGUUAUAUGACUUGUCUCCUUGUUUCAGGCUUGGUUUCAUGGCUGCUAAUCUUGCCAUCAUUGACGCUACAAGAGAGCAAGACCAAGAGAUGAGCAGCUCCAGCAAUGGCUUCCAUGUUGUUGAUUUUGAUAUUGGUCAAGGAGGGCAGUACAUGAACCUUCUACAGGCGCUUUCCGGGCUUCCAAAUUCGAAGCCAGCCAUUGUUAAGAUCACAGCCGUUACUGCUGAGAGCAAUGAUGGAGAAGAGAAGGAGAGGUUGAGGCUAGUUGGUGAAAUGCUGAGCAAACUCGCUGAUCGAGUUGGGCUGAGGUUGUGGUUCAACGUCGUGUCUUGCAAACUCAGCGAGUUGUCUCGUGAGUCCCUCGGGUGCGAGCCGGACGACGCGUUGGCCGUCAAUUUUGCGUUCAAGCUGUACAGAAUGCCGGACGAGAGCGUGUCCACCGAGAAUCCAAGAGACGAACUUUUGAGGCGCGUGAAGGGGUUGGGGCCGCGCGUUGUGACAAUAGUGGAGCAAGAAAUGAACACUAAUACGGCCCCGUUCAUGGCGCGCGUGAACGAGUCCUGUUCGUAUCAAGGAGCGUUAUUCGACUCGAUUGAGUCGACUCUGGAAAGGGAUAACUCUGAGCGAGUCAAGGUCGAGGAGGGACUGGGUCGGAGAAUGAUAAACUCGGUUGCUUGUGAAGGGAGGGACCGUGUUGAAAGAUGUGAGGUGUUUGGGAAAUGGCGGGCCCGGAUGGGCAUGGCAGGGUUCGAGGUAAAGCCGCUGAGUCAAAACAUAGCUGAGUCAUUGAAAGCUAGAUUGUGUUCAGCAAACCGAGUUAACCCAGGAUUUACUGUGAAAGAAGAGAGUGGUGGGGUCUGUUUUGGUUGGAAAGGGAAAACCCUCACAGUCGCCUCUGCUUGGCGUUAA